GUCUGGCUUAGAACUUACAGCUCUGCUUCUUCGCUAUGGGCCUGUGGCAUAGAAUUGUGGAAGCAGCUGCUGGAGUGCUGGUCCGGUGCUGAAUGCAAAUGGAGUCCUCUUGCCCAAUCGGCGAUCACUUCUCCGAUCAAAUUGCCGCUCUCCUCAACACUCCUCCACCCCUUGAAGCUGAGAAAUACUAUGAAGACAUUAUAUCAUCCAGGCAAUGUAAUGGCGUCAAAGUGAAGCUCAAUGGAGAUUACGGAAAAGGAGUGUAUGCUGAAAAGAACUUUAAAGAAGGGGAGCUUGUUUUAAAAGAUAAAAUGCUAGUUGGUGAACAACAUUCUUUGAAUAAGCUUGAUUGCCUUGUGUGUAGUUAUUGUUUCCGGUUUAUUGGCUCCAUUGAACAUCAAAUUGGGAGGCAGGUUUACUGGAAAAAUUUUGUUGAUCCAACGGAUGAGUGUGGAAGGGAAAAAAGUUCACACAUAAAAAGAGAAUUUUGCGACUCUGAUCAUACUGAUGAAGAAGAUUGUUCUGAUACAGAAAAUCUGCAGGAGAAAGGGGGAUGUUCAUCCAGUAAUUCCAAUCCCAAAGUAAGCAUCUCUAAGGAUCUGGUUCAAUCAUUAAUGAAUGGUGAUAUACGGCUACCAUAUUCAGAACUGUUUCCCUUGCCCCCAAUUGUUUCAUGUCCUGGGGGAUGCGAAGAAACAUAUUAUUGCAGCCCUUCUUGUGCCGAUGCUGAUUGGGAGGAGUUUCAUUCUUUGCUAUGUACCGGAAAGGGCUCAAAAGCAUUAAGCACUAUGGCAGUUCUGAAAUUCAUUGAACAUGCUAAUGAAACAAAUGAUAUUUUUCUCCCUGCUGCCAAGGUGAUUUCUUUCACCAUCUUGAGGUACAGGAAGUUCAAAGAAGAUCGGCUUUCUGGAAAAGGAAAAUUGGAUUCUUCAGGAAAUAGCAAUUUUUCCUUCUUGAUGGAGGCUUGGAAGCCUGUAUCAAUGGGGUAUAAGAAAAGUUGGUGGGACUCCGUUGCUUUGCCUAAUGAUGUUGAGCAUAGUGAUGAAGCUGAAUUUAGAAUGCAGAUAAAGGAGCUUGCUAACAAGUCCCUGCAGCUCCUGAAGGCCGCCAUCUUUGACCCUGAAUGUGAGCCCUUAUUUUCUCUUGAAAUUUAUGGCAAUAUUAUUGGAAUGUUUGAACUUAAUAACCUUGAUUUGGUUGUAGAGUCUCCACUAGUGAAUUAUUUUCUCCACAUUGAUGAUCUUCCAAGUUUAAAAAAGAGAGAAGCCGAGCCAAUUGUACGGCCCCUUUUUUAUGCUCUUGGUGAUGGCUAUUCAAUUUGCUGUGAAGGUACUGCAUUUUUUCCAUUGCAGAGCUGUAUGAACCAUUCAUGUAAGCCGAAUGCCAAAGCUUUCAAACGAGAAGAGGAUUUGGAUGGUCAAGCAAUAAUAAUUGCCCUUGAACCUAUACAAAAGGGAGAAGAGAUUACUAUUUCGUACAUAGAUGAAGAGCUUUCCGUGGAGGAUAGACAAGCUUUGCUUGCAGAUUAUGGCUUCAGGUGUAAAUGCCCCAAAUGUCUUGAAGACCAAUUGAGCGUGAACGAUAAAACGCUGUCUGCAUGUUAAUUUUUUCUAAUAUUUUCGUAAUUUUCUUUAGACUCCUUAAUUAUUUAUCGUAUGAACAGAAUUGACAAUUUGACAGGGCAUCAUCCUCAUCUUAGUUAUUAUUAUUUCUACAUUUUUAUUAUUCAAUAUGGUUUUAAUAAACAUCUAAUUUUUUUUAAGUGAACAAAA